AUGGACGAGGCCGCCGGCGCCCAUGACGCCGGCCAGGAGGGGCGGCGGAGGGCCGCGGGCGGCGCGGGGGUGGAGGUAGUGGCGGGGCUGGCCGGAGCGGGCGCGCACGCGGCGACGAACGACGGUGGCAGAGAGCAUGCGGGGGGAGGCGUGGCCCCAGGCGGUGCGGUGAGCGGCGGGGCCGGGCGCGGUCGGCGCGGAGCAGAGCAGCGGAGCGGGGCCGCGCCGCGUGGGGCGCCGUCGAGCGCGGCGGCCAUCCGCAGCAGCGGCGACGGGGAUAGCUGCAGCGGGGACAGAGGUGGGGCGAGGGGCGUGGCCACGGGAGGAGGAGAUGGCGGGGACGAGCCGCGCCGAGGCACGGGGCCAUGGGGCGCCGGCCAGAGCGGGACGCGGGGUGCGGUGAGCGCGGUCGCGGGCGCGACCAGGGGCGAGCCCGGGCGCGGCCAACGGGCGCGAGGGCCACAGUGA